CUGCAGAGGCGCGGGCAAGUCUCCCACUCGCAGCCAAGCAAAUUCUCCCAAGUCCCCCACUCGCAGCCGAGCAAAUUCUCCCAAGUCCCACACGCGUAUCCGCAGAGGCCGAUCAAAGUCUCCCACUCGCAGCCGUGCCAGUGCCCCCCCCGCUCCCACUCGCAGCGGCGCCAGUGCCCCCACCCCUCCCUCUCGCAGCCGUGCAAAGGCCCCCACCUCUCCCACUCGCAGCCAUGCUAAUCCUCCUAGGUCCCUCCCGGUUUCACCCACAGCUGCCCCCAUCUGCUCUGGCAUCACGCACUUGGAGUACUCCAGAAGUGGUCGCCCUCGCUUCCCCCCCAUGGCUUACUGGAAGAACGAGAGGGUCUUCAGCCCAGUGGUGCUCGAUUGCCCAGCGGUGGUGUUUGGGCAGCCUACCACGCGUGCAGAGGAACUGGAGAUUAUAACAAAGGCCUUGUUUGGCGGCCAGACUGCUACCGACGGGAAGGAGCUGGAGGAAUCGAGGAGGAGGGGGAAGGGAGAAAGAGAAGAGGAGGGAAGCGGAGAAGGUGGAGGGGAGGGAGAAGAGGAGAUUUCAGCUCUUGCUGUGCUGCUUAUAGAGAAGGGCGCUGUAAAGGAGGUUGCUGUAAAGGAGGGUGCUGUAAAGGAGGGUGCUGUAAAGGAGGUUGCUGUAAAGGAGGGCGCUGUAAAGGAGGGUGCUGUAAAGGGAAAGGACGCUGUAAAGGAAAAGGGCGCUGUACGGAGAGUGAUUACAACGAACGAGAUGGAGGGACCAGAGGCAACAGCAGGCGUGAUGAUAGCAGGAGCAAGGAAAGCGCCUGGCAGAGCUGCCAAGGCUGCUGCUCUGGCUCGGAUCUGCCGAACCUCGAGGCCUGGGCAGCAGGGACGGCAGGGGACGGCUGGGCAGCCGGAAAGAGGGGGAGCGGCUGCUGCAGGGGGGGGAGCGAAAGGCCUCAAGAGGAAAAGAGAGGAGGUGGAGGGGAAGGAAGUGGGGAGUGUGAGGGUGACUAGGUUGAUGGCUAAGAUGGCUCGAGAGGAGAGUGGACAGUCAGGAUCCGCGGUUGGCGCUGAGGCUGCUGAAGAAGAGCUCGAGAAACGGAGGCUGAGGGGGAAGGGGAAGGUGGUUGAGAGAUUACGAUCUGCGGCGGCUCAAAACCAGAGAGGAAAGGGACAGGUGGGGGCAGAGGAGCUUGCAAAACGGAGGCUGAGAGGGAAGGGGAUUGCGAUUAAGGAAUUACCAGAAGUCGGGAAAAGGUGGGAGGUGGAGGAGGAAGAGAAGGAGGAGGAGGUGGAGGAGGUUCGGCAUAAACCCCCAUCCCCAUCACCUCACCACCUCCCAUCCCCAUCCCCGUCCCGCAACCCUCUAUGCCUGGCCUUGGUCCCGGCACCUCCCCCACCCUCCCCCGCUCCCUCUGUCAACCGCUCCGAAUCGUUUCGACACGCCCCGUGCCCCUCUGGUGGCUCCAUGGGUCCCUCGCCAUCCCUUGUCUCUCAAAACCCCGCCUCUCAAAGUCCUCCUGCGCCCUCUCCUCCCCGCGACCACAUGGGGUGGACGCCAGGGGAAGUUAAAGCCUACCACGAAGCCAUGCACGAGGUGCCAAUAGACUCGGAGAACUUCUGGGGGAGGGUUGCCCUCUGGGUGCCUGGCAAGACUGCGACUGAUUGUUUCAACCGCCACCAUUCGCAGGUGACUAGGGACGGGGGGAGUGAGCAGGGGCAGCAGGGGCAGGAGCAGCAGCUGCUGCAGCAGCAGCAGCAGCAGCAGCAGCAGCAGCGGCAACAGCUGGUUUAUGGGAAUUUGGAGCAAACUGCCUUUGUUGCUGCGUGUGUAGGCGUGAUGUCCAAGGGGGCUGCGGGACUGAUGGUGGCGGCACACGUUAGGAUGAGGGACAAGUGCGCCUUUGAGACGGUGGUGGCGAUCCAGUCCCUUGGGAAGGACGACUUCACGCAGCGCGACGAGGAGAUCAGCGCCGUGGCGUCAGUCGCGCCCCGCCUGGCGCUCGUGAUGGCCUCUUCCGCUCGCGCCAGGCUGCAGACCCAAGCAGAGAGGCAGCAGAGCCGGGCUAGGCUGCAGAGCCAAGCAGCAGCGGCAGCCGCAGCAGCAGCAGCAGCAGCAGCCACGGGAGCUGCUGCUUCUGCUGGAGGGGAACGUGCAGCAGGCUUGCGGGCACGAGACGUACAUUGAUCGCAUCAUUCGGGAGAGGCAGAGCAGCAGCAGCCUGCCACGCCCGCGCACAGCA